AUGCCGGAUUUAGCAGGAUGGCGGCAAGGCGCGGCCAUGCUCUCCGGCGGGUUGACGGUGGUGAUGAUGGUUGUAGCUGUGAUGAGAAGAGAAACUGGAGGCGGACAUGGCAGCAAGGCGGACGUUCUGAUGAUGAGCGCUUUCAGGCCUGUUGGCUACGGGAUAGAUGCGAAGACAGCUGUAUACGACGAUGAAGAUAUCUCCUCUGACAUAUUCGGAGCAAAGAAGGAGGUUCAUGACAAGGAGACUUCCAAUCGAUCGAACAGAAAUACCAUACCUCAGAACAUUCUAGCCCGCUUUGCCGAGGAUAGAGCCGCUUUCGAUACGUCUCAUCCAUCGAAGAAGACAAGUAUGCUCAUCAAGGUCCUCAAAAUCUUCUCUGAGAUCUACAUGACAGGGCAAGGAAUGCAAUCGAAACAGUCUACUGCACAGAAAGAUGACGAGUCAGGCGUACAGCAUGUGAUUUCAGCCCUGCAAGAUCAUGUCGACCACAUGGCGCGAUCAAAGUCUGCAGGCUCCCCACAGAGCGACAACUACCUCCUCGAUUUGCAGAAGGAGCUGGUCGACGUGAAAGAAGGAGAAGACAAGAAGAUUCAGCUGCUGAGCAAGGCUGUCAAGAGCCUUGAGAAGGAGGUUGAAGUUCUCUCCAGCCGCGGCAUGUCAACAGCUCCAGUCCUGUACGUCCCAUCGGGAAGCAGCAAGGAGAGGAACGGGAAGCUGAGCGAUGAGGGAGCGCAGGAGGGACAGAGCGGGGACGACAUGGCGCAAGGUCGCCGUGCGCAGCAGAGUGAGAAGAGUGAGGAGGAGUACAAGAGGAUGCAGCAGCAGUACGUCAUGGAGCACCAGCAGCAGUCGCUCCUUCCUCCCAAACCCGAGCUCUCCUCCUCAUUUCUCAUCCUGGUCAACAUGCUUUUCCUCAGCAGUGACCCUCAACAGGAGAGGGCCGAGCAAUGCCUUCCUCCUUCUUGUUUUUGCCUUGACGAGGCCAAGCGACCCAACGUCGUCCAGAGCCCUGAUGGGUCUCUGUCGUUGAGCAGAGUCGACGGGGAGGGAGAGGAACAGGGAUGUGUCUUCCUGCAAGCCCUCGGGAGAGUCGGUCAUCGUCUGCAGCUCCAAGCUGAGGACGGAGGGCGGCACAACACUUGGAAGAACUUCGGGCAGGUGAUGACUGGCUGCCUGCGGAAGCCGACGGGGGCGAUCAAAGAGAGGACAGAGAAGAGGAGCUCAGUGGGAGGGGGGGGGGACGGAGGGGGGCAAGAGAGGACAGGACAGGACAGGGCAGGGCAGGGCAGGGCAGGACAGGAGAGGGAUUGA